AUGGUGCUCUCGUUCAUUCUCAUUCAGAAUAGGCAAGGGAAGACAAGAUUGGCGAAGUGGUAUGCGCCGUACAGUGAUGAAGAGAAAGUCAAGUUAAAGGGCGAGGUCCACCGCCUCAUCGCCCCACGCGACCAAAAGCACCAAUCCAACUUCGUCGAGUUCCGCAACAUGUCCAAGAUCGUGUACCGCCGCUACGCCGGCCUCUUCUUCUGCGCCUGCGUCGACACAAACGACAACGAGCUCGCCUAUCUCGAGGCCAUACACUUCUUCGUCGAGGUGCUAGAUGCCUUCUUUGGGAACGUGUGUGAGCUGGAUUUGGUGUUUAACUUCUACAAGGUGUAUGCGAUACUGGAUGAGGUGUUUUUGGCGGGUGAGAUUGAGGAGACGAGUAAACAGGUCGUGCUGACGAGGUUGGCGCAUUUGGAUAAGCUGGAGUAG